AUGGAUAUGGUCACAAGGAAGCCACUAGUGACCUUGGAGGGCACACCGGCCGUCCCGCCCCCGUCCGUCCCUCCCCGGGGAUUGGCUGCCCGGCCCGCGGCCCUCCUCCCGGUCCGCGCCGCCUCCCCGGUCUCCGCGCCGCGCGCCCGGCGCCGGCCUCUUAGUCUCGCUGACUGGGGCGGUGAGUGGCUCGGGGUUCCGGCUCCUCGUGGCGGGUGGGUACCCGGCCGGUCCGGGUGGGGCUGGGCUCGCCCCGCGUCCCCUCGAGCUUUGCCCGCCCGGAGCUCCGCUGCUCCCGGCGGCCAGGACGGAGGGGUAGAGCAGCCCUCGGCGGUCCGGGGGGCGGGCGGCCGUGCCCGUCCCAAGGCCGCGCGAGGCACAGACGCCGCGGGGCGCCGUCCGGAGGAGGCUUCCCGGCUGGCAGCCCCGGGCGCGGUAACAGCCUUGCGCUUUGCUUCCCCAGGGCGCAGCCGCGGCUACUUGGUAGCGGGUUCGGGGCCCGGCCGCGCCUGCGGCGGCGAGAGCCAUUCUGGACCGACCUCGGGCCUGCGGAGGUUGUGUGCGGCGUCUGCGGGGUGCAGCGGCCUCAGUUCUGAGCGCAGGUUGAAAACUACAGGUACGGCCAUUGAAGCUGGAAUGCUCUGGUACUGGUAUUUUCACUGACUUAGACCAACUAUUGCUGUACAGUUUACAAUACACAGGGGUCUCUGAAAUUGUCAGAUAUUCUUAGAUAACUUGUAGCAGCCAUGUGUCCAUGUAGUCACUGGGGUUAGAGCAGUAGGACAAUGCUGGUGGUGAGAGGGCCGUGUAGCAGAAGCUUUAUUUUGUUCUUUUAAUUCUCACAACUCUAUGAAGUUGAUACUAUUUUCUCAUUUUACAGAUGAAGCAACAGGUCAGAUAGUGACUCAAGGUCCUAUCACAUAUGCAUAGCUCUGAACAAGGAGCCUCAUAGGUAACUGUCUGGCUGUAUGACCUCUGAAAAAUCACUUAUCUUUCUUGGGAUUUAGUGUCCUUGGGAUUAGACCAGUUUUGGAGGGAAACACCACAGUAGAGCUAUUAAGAAUAUAAGCUUUUCAUAAUAUUUAGUUAUGUUACACCUCCAGAAGUUACCCAAAAUUUGGCAUAAAGGGAGCAUCUGUCAGCAUGUUAGGUGUUUUUGAUGAAUGUAGCAUAAUGAGCUGUAAAAGGAUUUAAAGAACACAAUGGUGCUAGGUUAGAAUGUGAAGGUUUUGGAGGUGAUGGGGAAAGUUUCCAUGUGGGAAGAAAUGUAAUAGUGUAGCAAGAUGAACAACCCAGUAUGUGCUAGAAGGAGUUCUUCCUGUUGACCAGCUCUGAAUGUCUGCAAAUACCUCAUUUUCCAGAAGUCUUAAAUAAAGAUAUUUAAUAUUCA